AAAUCAAACCUAAAACCUCUAAUUUACAAGUAAAAAUAAAUACAACUGGCCGCAAUAGACUUACAAGUCAACGACCACAUUGUUCUCAAUUAUUCUCCACAAUUUUCCUUAUAAAUAUUCUUUUUCUUCCUUGCAUUCAUUUCAUCAAACACUAAAAUCCGUAUAGCAACCAUGGCAUUAGACACCCAAAGCCACCGCAGCAGCAACCACCACCACAACGACCACCAUAAACUGAUCAAACCACCGCAUGUUACCAUCGUCCCAACUCCAGGCCUAGGCCACCUCAUUCCCCUUGUCGAGUUAGCCAAACGACUCGUCAUCCAGCACAACUUCUCCAUCACAUUCAUCAUCCCCAACGACGGCUCGCACUUGGCUCCCCAAAAGAAAGUCCUUGAAGCCCUCGAUUCCCAGUCCAUUUCCUACGUCUUCCUCCCUCCUGUGAGCUUCCAUGACCUCCCUGUUGACGUCACGAUCGAGACCAAGAUCACACUAACCUUGACUCGAUCCCUCUCGGCUCUUCGAGACUCACUCAAGGUCCUAAACGAGUCAACUCGUCUAGUUGCACUUGUUGUUGAUUUCUUCGGUGCGGAGGCCUUAGAUGUGGCUAAUGAGUUCCACUUGUCCCCUUAUAUUUUCUUUUCUACUAACGCUAUGGGUUUAUGGCUUUUAUUUCAUUUGCCACAUCUUGACGAGACCACUUCAUGCGAGUACAGAGACUUGCCCGAACCGGUUCUACUUCCUGGUUGUGUGCCGAUCCAAGGUGGAGAUUUCUUAGACCCUGUUCAAGAUCGGUCCAAUCCGGUCUAUAAAGCUGUAGUUCAUAUUUUCAAAAAGUGCAGGUCGGCUGCCGGGAUUAUGGUCAACAGCUUUGCGGACUUGGAACCUGGUGCUUUCAAGGCUUUUAAGGAAAAAGAGUUAGGUCUAUGUCUUCCACCAGUUUAUCCUAUUGGACCGGUUAUAAAAACCAGUUCAACAGAUGGGUUAGACGCAAAUGAGUGUUUGAGGUGGCUAGAUAAGCAACCCUAUGGGUCAGUUCUAUUUGUUUCAUUUGGGAGCGGUGGAACACUGUCACAAGAACAACUAAAUGAGUUGGCCUUAGGGCUUGAAUUAAGCGGGCAAAGAUUCAUUUGGGUUGUCAAGAGCCCAAAUGAGACCGCUAACAAUGCUUCUUACUUUACUGUCAAAGGCGGGGAGAACCCGUUUGAGUUUCUACCAAACGGGUUUCUGGAGAGGACCAAAGAUGUUGGCCUAGUUGUGUCAUCAUGGGCGCCACAGGUCCAAGUGCUGAGCCACGAGUCGACAGGGGGAUUUCUGACCCAUUGUGGGUGGAACUCGGUACUAGAGAGCAUCGUGCAUGGUGUGCCUCUGAUUGCUUGGCCGCUCUAUGCAGAGCAAAGAAUGAAUAAGGUGCUUCUAGUUGAUGGUUUGAAAGUUGCAUUUGGGGUCAAAGCGGAUGAGAAAGGCAUAGUGGGGAGCCAAGAUAUUGCUAAGUAUGUAAGGGACAUAAUUGAAGGAGAUGAAGGGAAAUUGCUAAGGAAGAAAAUGGAAGGGUAUAAAGAGGCAGCCAAAUUGGUUUGGGAAGAAGAAGGAUCGUCUGCCAAGUCUCUUACUGAAGUGGCUCAAAUAUUGAAUGGACUCAAGAACUAAAUGAACUGUAACCUAAUAUGUCAAUUAUUGCGUCCAUAUUGGCAAAGUGAAUAAAAUAAGGGGUAAAUGAAUUUUAA